AUGAGGACAUUUGGUUAUAAACAAAGCGGUUUAGAUCAUACAAUAUUUAUAAAACUUAAAGAAGGGAAGGUAACAACUUUAAUUGUCUACGUUGAUGAUAUGGUCUUGACAGGAGAUGAUCCAGGAGAAAUGAAGUUGUUACAAGAAUAUUUGGCCAUUGAAUUCGAAAUGAAGAAUUUAGGACAACUUAAAUAUUUCGUAGGAAUUGAAAUAGCAAGAUCAAAUAGAGGGAUAUUUAUUUCACAACGAAAAUAUGUGUUAGAUUUUUUGUCUGAAAUUGGAAUGCUUGCUUGCAAACCAGCUGCAACACCUAUAGAAAUGAAUCACAAGCUUGGAAUUUUCCCAAAUCAAGUUCCAACAGAUAUAGGGCGUUAUCAACGUUUGGUUGGAAGGUUAAUUUACUUGUCACAUACAAGGCUAGACAUAGCCUAUGGUGUAAACAUUGUAAGUCAGUUUAUGCAUGCGCCAAGUGAAAAACAUAUUGAUGCAGUAUAUCGAAUCCUAAGAUACUUGAAACGUUCUCUAGGAAAAGGCUUAUUAUUCUCAAGGAAUGAUGGCUUGAACAUUGAAGGGUAUACAGAUGCCGACUGGGCAGGCGAUCAAACAACCAGAAAAUCUACAUCUGGCUACUUCACUUUUGUGGGAAGUAAUCUUGUUACAAACAGAAGGUUGUUGCAAGAUCAUGUGCAGAAGCUAAAUUCCGAGGAUUUGGGGAUUGAAUAUACAAAACCUAUGAAGCUUCAUUGUGAUAAUAAGUCAGCUAUUGAGAUUGCACAAAAUCCUGUACAACAUGGCCGUACUAAACAUGUUGAAGUUCAUCGUCAUUUUAUCAAGGAGAAGUUGGAUCAAAAGAUUAUACAAUUCCCAUUUAUUAAGUAA